UAUGCUCACUGUUCGAUCCAUUUCAAGCACCAACCGGCAAACGCUAUUGCCUUAUGCUGUAUCGUUGUCAGAUGGGAUUGAUAGCACAACAAUAAUUCUUCUGCUCUGCUAAUUAUUAGCUCUCAUCUUCCUUUCUUUCUUUCUGAAUCAUUCUCUGAAAGCAUGUGGAGAAAUAUAUAAGCAGCAGAGCAGAGCAGAGCACAAUCUGAUUCAGUAGUUGAGAGAGAGAGAGAGAGAGUAGAGGUGAUGGGCAGCUCAUCAGGGCUAGUGGAUUGGAGGGGGAGGCCGGUGGACACCUGGAAGCAUGGAGGAGUCAGGGCGUCCAUCUACAUCCACAUGCUUGUGUGGCUGAGCAACGUGUCGAACAUCGGCAACAUGACGAACAUCGUGAGCUACCUUAGUGUGAAGAUGAACAUGGGGGUGGCCGCCGCCUCCACCACCUCCGCCAGCUUCGUCGCCAUGAUGCAGGUCUUCACCAUCCCGGCCGCCUUCCUCGCCGACUCAUACCUCAAGCGCGUCUACACCGUCCUCUUCUUCGCCCCAAUAGAAAUCUUGGGCUACAUCCUCCUCGCCAUCCAAGCACACGUCCCCUCGCUGCACCCGGCGCCAUGCGAGCUCGCCGGCGCCGCUGCAGGCGCCGGCGCCGGCGCCACCGCCGCCACGACCGAGGCGGCGCCGGGGACGUGCGAGACGGUGCACGGGUCGAACCUGAGCCUGCUGAUGCUGGGGCUGUACCUGAUCUGCGUGGGGGAGGGCGCGGUGCGGGCGUGCCUGCCGGCGCUGGGCGGCGACCAGUUCGACGAGGGCGACGCGGCGGAGCAGCGGCAGGCGGCGAGCUUCUUCAACUGGUACGCGUUCGCCGUGUCGCUGGGCGCGCUCGUCGGGCUGGUGGCCGUGGUGUGGGUGCAGGACAACAAGGGGUGGGACGCCGGCUUCGCCGUCUGCGGCGCCGUCGUGCUGCUCGGCCUCCUCGUCUGGGCCGCCGGCAUGCCCACCUACCGGAACAAGGUGCCGGCCGGGAGCCCCAUCACAAGAAUCCUGCAGGUCCUGGUGGUAGCAUUCAAGAAAAGAAAUCUUCAGUUGCCUGAGAACCCUGAUGAGCUGUAUCAGCCAACCAACGAUGACUCUGCUAAAGGCCUUGAGAUUCUUCAGCGAACACGAGGAUUAAAGUGCCUUGACAAGGCUGCGAUUGUGCGCGGCGGCGGCAGCAAUGGCGGAGCGUGGUCGGUGUGCAGCGUGUCGCAGGUGGAGGAGACGAAGAUCGUGCUCCGGAUGGUGCCCAUCUUCCUGACGGCGGCGCUGGGGUACAUGCCGGUGUCCGUGGUGCUCACCUUCACGGUGCAGCAGGGGAACAUCAUGGACACCCGGAUGGGCGCCAUCCGCGUCUCGCCGGCGACGCUCUUCGUCAUCCCCACCGUGUUCCAGCUCGCCAUCCUCGUCGUCUACGACCGCGCCGUCGUGCCGGCGCUGCGCCGCGCCACGGGCCGCGUCGGCGGCGUCACCCACCUGCAGCGGAUCGGCGUUGGCUUCGUCUCCUCCCUGGCGUCCUGCGCCGUCGCCGCCGCCGUCGAGGUCAAGCGGAGGAGACUAGUGGCGUCGUCGUCGUCGUCGGCGAUGAUGUCCGUGUUCUGGCUGACGCCGCAGUUCUUCCUCCUCGGCGUCGUCGACGUCACCUCCUUCGUGGGGCUCCUCGAGUUCUUCUCCAGCGAGGCGUCCGACGGGAUGAAGUCCAUCGGGAGCUCCAUCUUCUACUGCAUGCUCGGCAUGGCGGCGUGGCUCAACACCAUGCUCAUCGAGCUCGUCAACCGCGUCACGCGGCGGCGCGGCGGCGGCGGGUGGCUGGACGGGGCGAACCUGAACGAGAGCAGGCUCGAUCUCUUCUACUGGCUGGUGUCUGGCAUCGAGCUGGUGGCGUUCAUGGCGUACCUCCUGUUUGCGUGGAGGUAUGUGUACAGGAAUGAUCAGAGGAUUGCUGCUGCUGCUGCUGAUGCUGUUGACGAACAGGAGGACAAGAAGGCUGCAUCGAAUGGUAGUUUGGUUCAAAUUAAUCUGAUCUGAGUAAUUUGGGAACUGUAUGCGUGGGAGAAAAAGUACAUUGUGGUUGACAGUGUGAAUUAAUUAAUAUGGUGGAAAAAAUGGUUUAUGUUCUGGAAUUCUUGAUUCUUGUAGAGCAUGUGAGAUUGUGAAUAGAAAUGGUCUAUCCAUGGUAUGGAUAA